AUGCAGCACAGUUGUCUGUACAUUAUGGUGAGACGCACUUGGGACGCAGUCGUCGUUGGUGGCGGCGUCGUCGGCUGCGCCGUGCUGCGCGAGCUGACUGUCCGCCGCGGCUGGCGCUGCCUGCUCGUGGAGCGGCAGCCGCACCUCGUCGCCGGCGCAUCGGCCGGCAACACGGGCAUCGCGUGCACCGCGUCGGACGUCGCUACCGGCACGGUGGAGCACGCCUGCCUCUCCGAGGGCGCGCGCCUCAAUCUCCCCGCGUGGACGGAGCUCAACGUGCCGCACCGCCCGACGGGCUCGAUGUACGCCGCGUUUGACGCCGACGGCCUGAGCCGGCUCGAGGCGGAGCUGGAGAUGCGGCGAGCGCGCGGCGACCCGGACGCCGCGCUGCUGACGGCGGCCGAGGCGCGCGCGCGCGAGCCUGCGCUCGCGCCGUCGGUGCUCGGCGCACUGCUCGUGGCGGGCGAGGUGACGGUGGACCCUUGGCUGGCGCCGAUCGCGUACGCCCGGCACGCGCACGAGAACGGCGCCACGAUACAGCGCGGCAGAGAGGUGGCGGCCGCGGCGUGGGAGGGAGGUGUGUAUGUCUGGCGGUCGGCGCUCGGCGUUGUGGCGUGCGGCCCGACCGCGGAGCCCGUGAGGGAGGUAGAGAUGCCGCCGCGGGAGGAGGCGCGGCCAGAGGUGCGUGCGGCGCUGCUCGACGCGGCGUGCGCCGCCGUGCCGCAGCUCCGCGAGGCUGGUGUGGCGGGAUCCUACUCUGGCCUCCGGCCGGGAUGCGACCUCUCCGCCGACUACCAGAUCGGGCGCGCCGAGGGGUCGAGCUGGGUCACCGUGGGCGCCAUCCGCUCCACCGGCCUCACCGGGGCGCUCGGCAUCGCCCGCCGCGCAGCCGCACUCUGCGACGAGGCCGUCGUCUUUGGCGCCGACGAGGCGGGCUUCGGCCCGCACCUCGUGACGCACCCGCUGACGGCGGCAGGGCUGGACGCGCAGCUCGCGGGGAUGCUGCGCGGGACGGCGUUAUGA